AUCCGCCAUGCCAGCUCAAGUGAUCACUGAGCAGACCUUUCAAUCCCUCCACGACACCAUCAUGGAGGAUACAAAUUCAACUUUAUUUCAUAAGAGGUUGGAAGGAAAAGUAGCCAUCAUAACCGGAGGAGCACAUGGGAUCGGCAAAGCAACCGUCAAGCUAUUCGCGAGACACGGUGCCACGGUGGUGAUCGCUGACGUGGACGCCACAGCCGGAUCUUCCCUGGCUAAAUCGAUCUCAUCAUCCCAAGUCGCCUUCAUAAGCUGCGAUGUCUCGGUCGAAGCUGACGUGGAAAACCUAGUGAACGUGACCAUCGCACGUUACGGUCGGCUUGACGUGCUAUUCAACAACGCAGGAGUUCUCGGAGACCAGAAGAAACACAAAAGCAUAUUAGACUUCAACGCUGAAGAGUUCGACCAAGUGAUGCGUGUGAACGUGCGAGGCGCAGGGCUCGGCAUGAAACACGCGGCACGUGCCAUGAUUAAAAGAGGCUUUAAAGGUUGCAUAAUCUCGACGGCGAGUGUAGCGGGCGUGAUGGGUGGAAUGGGCCCACAUGCUUACACGGCGUCGAAGCAUGCGAUCGUUGGACUGACCAAGAACGCAGCUUGUGAGCUCGGGAGGUAUGGGAUUAGGGUUAACUGCAUAUCACCGUUUGGAGUUGCUACGUCGAUGCUGGUGAACGCGUGGAGGAAGACGAGUGGAUGUGGUGACAUGGAAGAUGGUGAUGAUGUAGAGGAGAUGGAGGAGUUCGUGAGGAGUUUGGCUAAUUUGAAAGGAGAGACAUUGAGAGCGACGGAUAUAGCUGAAGCGGCGUUGUAUUUGGCGAGUGAUGAGUCAAAGUAUGUUAAUGGACAUAACCUUGUUGUUGACGGGGGUGUUACGACUGCGAGGAACUGUGUUGGUUUGUGAUGAUAUGCCUCUUCUCUAAUUAAUUGGAUUUGGUAAAUCUUUUUGUUCGUUUUUGUUUGUGCCUUUGCGUUGUUGGAAA